AUGUCGCAUCCUGUGAAGAAAGUUACCAUAUCGCCGGAUGGGAAGGCUCUAGGUAUUUCGUUAGGUGCGGACAGAUUUGUCGAAGCUGACGCUGUUGUUAUCAACGCCGAUUUACUUUAUGCCCAGAGAGCGCUUCUCCCAUCGGAUCGAUCAGGGCGAGCUGAUAUGGGCAGGAGCAAAGAUGUCUCUUGCAGCAGCAUCUCAUUUUACUGGUCCCUUUCCAAGAAGGUCCCCCAGUUAGAGACUCACAACAUCUUCGUGGAAGAUUCCUUUGGACAGCAAUCCAACCAGAUACACAUGCAGCAGCAAGAUUCACUAAAACCAUCAUUUUACGUCCAUGUUCCCUCCAGAAUAGACCCGUCAGCAGCACCAACAGGAAAGGAUGCUGUCAUUGUCCUUGUUCUGGUCGAUAAUCUUGGCACUUCAGAUCCAAGGAACAAUCCUUUGGUGAAGAAUGAAAUAACCAAAUUGGUUGUGUCUGCCCGCAAGCACGUGAUAUCCUCCAUCGAAAAGCGAACCGGCGCCUCUGGCUUCAAACAUCUCAUCGAUCAUGAGAUGAUCAACACGCCAUUGGCUUGGCAAGAGACAUUCAACUCUGAGAGAGGCGGACUAUUUGGUCUCGAUCACAGCUUCUUCAACAUUUUGUCUUUCCGACCCAAGAUCAAAUCCGAUGACUUUGACGGUGUAUACUUUGUUGGUGCCAGUACGCACCCUGGAGCUGGAGUACCGACCUGCUUGGCAGGCGCAAGACUUACCGCGCAGCGAGUCCUAAAAGAUUUGGAGGUUUCCAUCCCCUGGGAGAGUCCUACUCCAAAAUUCAAUCGUGUGGCCUCGCAAUUCUCUGCCAAGAUCAUGGGUACCCAGUCUGUGUGGAAGCGAGUUUUCUUUGCUCUAGCUCUCUACAUGGCUAUCGGGAUAGCUUUAGGAGGAACAUUGUGGGUAUUGUAA